GCCUCUCUCCCUUUGGCCCACGUACCCUUUGUGUACUUUAUUAUGCUCUGCAUAUUUUAAAAUCUGUGAAGGCAGUAUAUGAUGAGUUCAAUUAGCCAAGAUAAUCUAACUUAUAGUUGAAUAUGAUUACCAUAUACCAUUUUUUGUGAUUUUAGGAAAAUUUCCUAUAGUGGUUUUUAAUUAUUUCCCAAUUAAUUAUCGUUUAUCUUUAUUUUUAUUCAAAGGCAGAGUGGAAAAGUAUCUAGAGAUUAACAUUAUAUUAUCGGUAACUAGCAAUUUUCCUUUUUCCAAUCAUCAAUAUUUGGCAGGCCAUUUUGCCACUGCGUAGACCGAGCGGCCGGCACAAUUUUUUUCUGCAGAAACUGUUCAUUGUCUUCGAUUUAAACUUUUUAAUUUAAAGAUCCUUUGGGUAAGAUACUAAUUAAAUCCUAAAUUUCUGAUUACGCGAGGUCUCGGAUCGCAUUUCAUGCAGCUGUACAACCUUUAAAAAUUUCUAUCGAUGAAGUGAAAGCCAGUGAAUCGAUAAUGUCUACACCUGAUGAAGAAAGAAGUGAAGAAAGCAUAGGCCAUGAAAAGGAGCUUCCCUCCAUAGGUGCUAAUUAUACAGAUAUGUCUGUUCAGAGACAAGGAAUGUAUUUAGCUGAAGAUAAAGGAACUUUGAAAAAAGAUGUGGAUGAUCAAAACAGUUUUGAAAAUAACGACGAAGAAGGACUGCAAAAGACUAGCUCACAGGUUAAAAGUAUAAGUAAAGAAGAAACAUCAUUUAUUUCUGCACCUUACCAACACGUCACAAAUGAGCCUGCUGAUUUAACAAGAAAGGAUCCAAAACAAAUCCCCAAGUGUGUGGUCUGUGGUCCACCCAAAGACACUAUCAAGAGUAAAUACACAAAGCUCUCCUCUUGUCCUGAUAUUGAAAAGGAAAUCCGUGAACUUUUGAAAAUACUUUCACCUCUUGAUGAUUCAGAAGUCUGCUGUUGUAGGUGUCUAGAUUUCUUGAAGACGUAUAUGCAGCUUAAGAAUGAUUUUCAAACCAUGAAGCGGAAGAUAAUAGCUCUUCACAUCGAUGCACAGCUACAUGUACAAUUACAUGACGAUGACAAUCAUCCUGGGGAAUCAGAUUCAGAAAAACUUGAACUGGGUGAUGAAGGGAAUAAAUGUCACAAUCCGGAUAAAGAUAUUGAUAUGCUUAUCAAGCAUGAAAGUAUUGCCAUCAAAUCUGCUGAUGAAGGUGAUUCUGUUGAAGAAGAAGUUACCUCCCAAAAGGUCUUUAAGUGUCAGCACUGCAGUAAAAUUUAUACAAGGAAAGAUGAAUGGACAGUGCAUGAGAGAAGACAUACUGGAGAAAAGCCAUUCAAAUGUCAGCAUUGUGACAAAGGUUUUUAUAGGAAAUCUACUUGUGAUCAGCACGAAAAGAAGAUGCACGUAGACAGACCAUACCAAUGUAAGAUUUGCUUUAAGAAUUUCCCAACCACUAAAGACUGUGAGGAACAUGAAAGUACUCACACUACACCAAGACCUUUCCACUGUCAAUAUUGUGACAGAUCAUUUGACAGGAAGGAUAAAUGGAUUGAACAUGAACGGAGUCACACUGGAGAAAAGCCAUUUAAAUGUCGACGCUGUGGCCAGGGCUUUGUUAGAAAUAAUGCACGUGUAAGACACGAAAAGAAAAAGCAUGGUUUAUUUCCCAUGAAAAAAAUUAACGCUAAGGCAAAAGAAAGUAAGAAGAAGAUCAACUUGGAGGUAAAACCAUUUAAAUGCCAACAUUGUGAUAAAACAUUCAACAGAAAAAGUGAACAAAUUUUCCAUGAAAGAGUUCACACAGGUGAGAGACCCUUUAAGUGCGAACACUGCCAGAAAGCUUUUACAAGAAAAAGUGCGUGUAUUAAACAUGAGAAAAAACAUAACGUUAAUUUAAAACCAGUGGACUGUUCCCAGUGUGGUAAACCGUGUUUGGGAAAAAGAGCACUUGAGGAGCAUGAGAAAACUCACCGUGAUAGAAAACCAUACAAAUGUGGAUUGUGUGAUAAGGCAUUUCCCUCAAAAUGCCAGUUGGAAGACCAUGAAAGAACCCACACUGGUGAGAAGCCAUAUUUAUGUCAAUACUGUACCAGAAGCUUUGCCCAAAAGUCGACAUUGUGGUUGCAUGAAAGGACACAACACAAUGGGGAAAAGCCAUUCAAAUGUCAGUAUUGUGAGGAGCGUUUUCCCACCAGAUUAUAUUGUGUUGAACAUGAACGUUUCCACACUGGAGAAAAACCAUUCAAAUGUGAUUUUUGUGACAGAAGAUUUGUUAGGAAAGCAAAUUGGAGAGAUCAUGUAAAGACUCACUCGGGAAUUAAACCACAUGUUUGCUCUUACUGUGGGAAAAGAUUUCUUAAAAAACAGACAUGUGUUGUACAUGAAAGAACUCACACUGGAGAGAGACCAUUUCAGUGCCAAUACUGUGAUAAAAGGUUCAUCAGGAAAUCAAAAUGCAAUGAACAUGAAAGGAUCCACACUGGAGAGAAAGUAGUCAAAAGUCAACAAUCUGGAAACAAAGCGAGAAACCCAGCAAAAGUGCACAAAAAUCAGCAUGUUGAUGAAACCUUUAAGGGUCCAAACGCCACUAGUGAUGGGUCAUUUAUGAGUCACCUCUCUGAAAAUGCUUCCAGGAGCCAGCACCCUGAUAACUCAUAUGUUAAUCAACAGUCUGACAGCAUAUUCAGGAAUCAGCAUCCUGAACUGCCAUUCAGAGCUCCACAUUCUAAUCAUGUAUUCCCAACACCAGAAGUGGUUUAUUCUGGAGAUAACCCUUAUAUGUACAGUAUGUAUAUGCCAGGAAUGUAAUUUUGACGUUGUGUUUCCUUUCAAGUAGGGUCUAUCUAAUUCUGUACUGAGUGAAAAUAGAUAAAUUAUUUUGUACUUUAGAACUUCAAAUGAAUCACUUACUGCCAGUAGUUUAUGAUACAAAAAUCUGUUAAGUGAAUGCAAAGAGGUAAAAAUGACAACACUUAUUAUGUAAUAUAUGAAAUGAUGUCGAGCGCUAGGUGUACAGAGAUUUGAAAGUGAAGGUAAUUUCUAACAGCUGCGUGGUACACAGUAUAUGGAAAAUAAUUAGAUAAUAAGAUACUUUCAGAAUAUAGAAAUGAACAUGCUUGAAAUUUGUUAAAAUAAGCUUAGAUCAUGUUAUUCACCCAAGAAAGGGAAUUUGUCACUGACUUGCAAUUCAUAGUAAUGAUAUAAUAACACAUGAAAACAUAAAAACAAAACGCAUUAACAUUAAUAUGUGAAAACAUAUAUAUAUAUAAUGCAAGAUGAUGAGUAUUAUAAAGUUACACAACAUCAGUCCUACACAUUUACUAGUAAAAUACUGAAACCUGCUUUAACAACUACUAAUUGACUAGACUGAGAUAUCUGGACAGUGGCGGAUUUAGAUGGGGGUCAGGGGGGUCCUGACCCUUCAGUCUCUGAAAAA